AUGUCGAACCAUUUCCCCACGGAGGAGAACCUCCAAAAGGUCAUGUCCGCUACAGAGGGAGUAGCUGUCUCGCCUCAUGACUCACAUGAUUCCCAUCGUGAUUCCUCAGAUCAAGAAUCAGAAGUGACCCAUGAGCCCAUCCAGGAGCGAUAUGACAAUCCGUCAUAUUCUCGUUUUCGCCGGGUAGCCUCGAAGACAGUCGUCUCAUUUGGUCCAAACGAUCCAGAGAAUCCAGUGAACUGGCGCAAGACAAGGAAGUUCCUAGUCCUAGGAUCGGGUGUCAUGCAGGUCAUGAACAGCACCAUUGGGUCCAGCAUCUGCUCCAACGCCAUCCCUCAGAUUGCAGAAGAAUUCAAUAUCAAGAACCAGCAAGCCCUUGUCCUGCCAAUAUCUAUCUUCCUGGUGGGCUAUAUCCUGGGUCCCUUAUUAUGGGGUCCUAGCUCGGAGUACUUUGGACGCAAGAAGCCAUUGCUAGUUGCGUAUUGUGGGUUCGCAAUCUUCACCCUAGCGUGCGCCGUGGCCGACUCAUACGCAUCUUUACUGGUAUUUCGACUUUUGAAUGGUAUGAUGGCUUCAGCACCGAUUGCUACUGUCGGUGGACUCUUUGCCGAUGUUCACGAUGAUCCCACUCGACGAGGCCGCCUGAUGGCUUAUUUCAUGGCAUGCACAACAUGCGGGCCUAUUAUGGGACCAUGGAUUUCCGGAUUCGUCGCUGUUGUCAGCUGGAGAUGGUGCUUCUGGAUUGGUUUGAUUUGUACCGGCGUAUCAAUGCCCUUGGUGAUCUUCAUGCCAGAGACCUACGGUCCUGUCGUCUUGAAGAACCGUGCCCGGAAGCUGAGGAAAGAUACCGGAAACUCCACCAUCAUAUCACCUUUGGAACUGGAAAGUCGAAACAUCCGCGUGAAAUUCAUUACCACGAUCUCCCGACCUUUCCGCAUGAUCAUCCACGAGUCGAUUGUCUCAUUGACGUCCUUGUACCUUGCACUUGCAUAUGCGAUCUUCUAUCUCUAUUUCGAGGCAUAUCCCAUCAUCUUCCAAGGAAUCUAUGGAAUGAAUGCCGGUGUUUCAGGCCUAAUGUUUCUACCCAUCGGAAUCGGUGCAGCACUUGCUUGCGUUGUUUUCCUGUGGUAUGAUGGCUACCUAGCCCGCGCUAAAGCGCGCAAUGCCGAAUGGGCAUUUAUCGAAGAAUAUCGAAGACUCCCUCUUGCUUGUAUUGGAGGUCCACUUUACGUGAUCUCCCUCUUUUGGGUAGGAUGGACGGCCUCGCCAAAUAUCCACUGGGUGGUACCAUUCCUUUCGGGCAUUCCAUUUGGCGCGGGCUAUCUUUUGAUCUUCAUGGCCAUGCUCAACUAUCUCACCGAUGCAUACGAGACUCUGUCUGCCAGCGCCCAAUCGGCUGCUAGCUGUACCCGAAGCAUAUUUGGUGCUGUCUUGCCACUCGCCGCGAAGCCAAUGUUCGAUCGACUUGGUGUCAACUGGGCCUGCAGUCUCAUUGCCUUCCUCAGUCUGGGUGUCUCCAUCAUUCCGUUUGCCUUCAUCCGUUAUGGCGACCGCAUCAGAAACAACAGCAAGUUCUGCCAGGAGCUCAAGCGUAUCAAGGAGGCUGAGAAGCUAGAAAUGGAGAGGGAGGAAAGCGGCGAAGGUUCAAAUCAACUUGAGCCCGUACAGUCAACUGCUACUGGACGCCUCUCUAGAAUCGAGACGGCUCGAAGCCACGCGGAGAAGGCCUCUAUCAUUUGUGGCUAA